UGUCGCUUGCGGCCGGGUGGCUAAUUUAAAAGAAGCGAAUAGCUCAGUCGGGGCUUUACCUGGCAAAAAUAAAACAUCGCUCACUUUCAUUGCUUUCGUGAUUGGCUGAACUUUCCUAUUCUCUACUUUGCACUCCUAUCGUGUUUUUGUAUCGUUUGUUGCCACUUUCUGACCCGCCCACACUGAACGUCUGUGAAAAAAAGCGCUUUAUAGCUCAUCGGAUUCCUCCAGUACAGCUGUAUAAAUAGUCUGUCACCGCACUGCAUGGGUGACGUCAUAAUUCCCCGACUGCCGUGCUCGUGACGUAAUUCCGCAAUUUACGUUCACGGUGUUGAGAAUGAGUUGUGCGCGCUGCGCGAAUUAACGCAAACGAACGGACGACGACGUCGCUGGCUCCUGUGGGAGCGCCGCCGCCUGCGACGCGGGGCGCGGGAAAUAAAAAAAAUACUCGGCCCGAGCAGCACCACGUGACCGGACGAGCAGCACCACGUGACCGGGCGAGCAGCAUGGCCGCGCCGGGUGGAGGCGAAAGGCCGCGCUGAGACGGAGCGGGGCUACGUAGAGAGACACAGAGAGAGACACUGAGAAACUGGGACAGAGAGACAGAGAGAGGCAGAGAGACACAGGGACAGAGAGAGACAGAGAAACACUGAGAGACACAGGGACAGAGAGACACUGGGACAGAGAAACACAGAGUGACAGGGAUAGAGAGAGAGGCGGAGGGACACGGCAAGGCAGCGGGGGUCGCGUGGAGCAGAGAGAGAAGCCGUGCAGCGACGUGCACGGAGACGUCAGGGGGACAGCGACACGGAGACAGCGACACGGAGACAGCGACACGGAGACGGCAGGGGGACAGCGACACGGAGAUAGCCAUCACUGUGGGGCCGGCAACAGAGACGGGGUGUGAGAGGGAGAGAGCGGUGGGAGUCUCCGCUCGAGAGACGCAGCAGGAGCAGCAGCGGCGGCGUCCCUGCCGGCGUGGCCUCGAGAGGGCCCCGCCACAGCGGCCGUAGCUCGCGCGGCGCGAGGAGGAGCAGGAGGCGGCGGCGAUGAUGGGAGACGCGCGGGACGACUCCGUGCGGCUGGUCUCGCCCAACUCGGCUCGCAAGGGCGUGCGCUUCGGGCAGGGGGUCGUGCAGGCGCUCAACAAGUACAGCCGGGGCAAUGCGGCGGAGUACACGCUGCUGCUGCGCCAGCUGGCCGACCCCGACAUCAAGGAGGUGCAGCUGGAGUGUUGGCUCAAAGAGCUACGGGGCUGUGUGGCGAUGCUCGGCAAGGACUACGAGCUGCUGGUGUCACUGAUACUGAGGAUCAACUGGAUGUCACGUGGCCGUGCGGUGGUGGAGGAGUACCUCGCGUUCCUCACUCACCUGGUGUCAGCUCAGACCAUCUACCUGCGCUCCUGCCUCAUCAUGCUGCUCUCCAACUUCACUCGCCGCAAGCGCGUGGUGGACGAGGCGGGGGGGGAGUUCACAGACUCCGACGAUGACGACGAGGAUGUGGACAGGUGUUUCCAAAUCUGUCACAAGGCCCUGGAGCUCAUCGCUGGCAUCGUGCCCUCGACGCCCAUGUUCCUGAUGCCGCUGCUGGCUGAGAGGUUCCCGUUUAUGACCAAAUCUCCACGGACGCAGGAGUGCUACGUACACAACCUACUGCGCGUCACCACCUACCUGCCCGUGCUGCGACGCGACGUGCUCUCUCUACUGCUGGACAGGCUGCUCAAGCUCGACGUGAACGCCCCUCGCCAGGACAUUGAGGACGCGGAGCAGCAGGCGGCCGGCCAGUUGGGCGCCGCACAGGAGGAGAUGUUCCACAUGGAUGAGGACGCGGGUGUGGAGGCGGGGGGCGGGCGAGGAGGUGGGGACAAGGGCGAGGACGAAGAGGAGGGGGAGAUGGCUCACACGGCCGCCAACACGCUCGAUGUCCUCAUGGCGCUGCUCUUCCGAUACAUCCGUGACACGUGCCACCCCAACGGGAAGCUGGACGUGGAGAUGACGAAGGCCGUGUAUCGGGACCUGCUGGAUGCGUUUGACCGCCUGCUGCUGCCCACGCACGCCUCCUGCCACGUGCAGUUCUGCCUCUUCUACCUGUGCAGCUUCCACCUCGGUCUGGCAGAGGCGUUCCUUGAGCACCUGUGGAAGAAGCUGCAAAACCCCAGCGUGGCAGCCAUCACAAGGCAGGCAGCCGUGGGCUACAUGGGCAGCCUGCUAGCCCGGGCCCAGUACAUCCCAGUGGGCACGGUGCGCGCGUGCCUGGGGCUGCUGGUGCCCUGGCUGCACCGCUACAUCGACGGGCAGGAGGACUGCGCGCGGCCCCGCUGCCUCGUGGCAGCGCACGGCCCCUUCUACGCCGCCUGCCAGGCCGUCUUCUACUCAUUCUCGUUCCGCCACCGCCAACUGCUGGAGCCCGACAUGCGCAAAGGCCUGGCGUACCUGCAGAGCCUGAACCUGGAGCGGAUCGUGCUGUGCCGUCUCAACCCCCUGCGCGUGUGUCGCCCACCCGUCGUCAACAUCUUCGCGGCCCUGACGAGGCGGUAUCAGAUCGCAUUCUGCUACUCCAUCAUGGAGAAGAACAGUCGGCAGAGACUGCCCGUGGCUGGGGACACGCUAGUGGGGGCCGCCCCCGCCUCGCACGACCAGCUAGACGCCGUCUUCCCUUUUGACCCCUACCUGCUGCGCCGCUCCAGGAGAGUGAUUGUGCCGCUGUUUCGCGAGUGGAGAAAUGAGGAUCUGGGCGGAGAUCUCACAUUGAAGGGUCGGCCCAGCAAGAUGGUGGUGGGCCAGCAGCAGGAGGAUGAGGAUGACUUCCUGAAGAGCGACGCGGCGAUGAGGAGUGGCAGCAGCAGCCUGACCCCCGGCUCGUACGACCCCUUCAACAACGGCGGAACGAGUUUCGACUCUCCUCCAUACAAGACGGACAUGGGCCCGACUCCCCACGCGUUGUAGUCGCAACCACCGCCACAGCCGCCAACUUUCACCACCAACAGCCACCAAAAAUAGUCAAAUGCCACCAACGCCACCACUCAAUCCUGCGACAGCACAUUCGCCGCUCGUUGCAGAAGUUCGCAGUUAGAAUUUGACAGGCCGCCCUGGUUAACUCAAGUCAGAGUGGUAUAUACAUUUUACCUACCCCGGAGGGAUGGGCCGAGUAAACCCCCAACCAGGAUUUGAACUCACGACCUACUGACUGCGAGCCGCCCGCUCUAGCGCCAAGCCGCCCGCCCGGUGGGUUGGUAUUGUACUAUCAAAACACUCGGCAGUCUACUUCAAAAUGCAAGUCAAAGAUCCUGCGACAUCGUUCAAAGAGAAGCCAGCCGUCGUGUGCCAGCGUCAUGGCCCAACUUGCCAAGUUUGGAAAAAAAAGAAUGACCUGCAAACGAUUCGGUUGGCAAAUUCGAGAGUGAUCGUUGUCCUACGGCACAGAUGAAGAAGGCUGUCACCCCAUGAUCGGAUGUGUAUGUGUAUAAAUAAACUCCUUAAAAAAAGUUUUUAAAACAACGGUUUUAUUAACAACUUCGUUUAACUCGCGGUCGAGAAUUACGUCAAUGGCGCCCGAGACACGCGGCGCCUGCUUUUUGUGGGAGCCGAUUCCACAGUUUAGGGACCGUGGCGUUUUUGACCUACACACAAAUAUAAUUAAUAAGCCUCCCAUACAAAAAUUGCGAUUGCUUGAAAGGAGGCAAUUAAUUGAUGAAUUUAUGUCUAUUUUGAUGCAGGCAUUAAUUGUUGCCGGAUCUGAGUACGUGUGCAAAAUUUGGAAUUGGACAACAGGAAGUAGACUAACUUUUGAUUACAAGAUUUGACUACGACAAACGAGUGAAGUUAAAUAAAACCGUUGAAAAAGUUAACUUCGUGAUAAAACGCGAGAUGGAGGAGUGUAGCACACGCGGUUGGCUGCAGGCCAAGCUCACUCGGUUUGCCAAAUUCCAUACAAUGGAUAAGUGUGCAGCUUUAGAAUUAACCAGUUCAUGGCACACAGUGCGAGUGCAUGCAUGACCAAGGUGGUUCACAGUCUGGUACAAUAAUACCCACAGUGUGCGGAGACCCUCAUCCAGUAGUGGAUUCGCAAAGGCCUGUUGCAGUGAUUCAGUCCAACGAAAUAUUUUCUCACGGUACUUUAUUUAAAAAUUAUUUUGCAGUCCUCAAAAUGAAACCAAGGAAUCCCCCCCCCAGCCCAACACAUUAGGUCACAACAAUAACCAAAUUGAAAUGUAAAAUUUUAUUUUUAAAACAAAUCAACAUUCACAAACCUUCACCCCACCCCAGAACAUAGAUCUAUGAUCAGAUUAGCCAGGAUUUAAACUACCCUUGAACUUAAGAUUCCCUUUAAACGGCACCGCAGCUUCAACAGCACCCGCCGCCCCACGAGUGUGGUGAUGGUGCCAUAGCCAUGCAAAUAAGGAGGGGAGAACCAACAACGGGGCACGAUAAGAGGGCAUCACGGAACUACUGCUGAAAUCCCUUGAUCUGGCCUCCAGGCAGACAAGCCAUACUCCUUGUAUAUUCCCAACUCAGGAGUGUUUGUCGUAUGCCAAUUAAGCCAGAUUCUCAGGGCUGGAUAUAUCAUGCAGCAGGCCUGGUAAGGUUGGUGGCUCGCAGAGAUAUUAAGAGUUACCGUUAAUGCAAGCGAAGCAUUUGUGGGGUGUUUGUUUGCAGGCUUUGAUUUCCGCUCACAAUAUAACGACACAGACAAUCUCACUAGAGGAUUGGACCUCGUGUCCAGCCAUCACCACUGCCCUGCCUCACCCACAGUGCCGGCGCUGCUUGUCCGACCCACAGGCGGCACAGAGAGCGGUGGUGACGAGUGGUAACUGGCAUCAGGUGAAGCGCGAUUCCUUGCCAAGCCAACCGCCCAAAAGGGUCCCUUGUUCCCCCCUCAUCCUCACCUCGUACUGCUAACCUAUGGAACCAGUCAUCAACCCACUCAUGCCUUACCCACCAGGUUCGUCUGCAGUGUAUUUUAGGUCUAUUGCACACGGCUCACCGUACCUUGGCUCCGUGUCGCCGCUGGCGUGAACGAGUUUCAAGGCCGAGCAACUGGAAAGUUCAACGGCGCGCGUCGGAGAACCAGCGGACGUCAAGACGCGCACUCAAUGCACAUGCAGCAAGCUCUGCAAGGGUGAUAUGUACACGGCUUCCUCACAAACCUA